CUUGAACCCUUUAAUUUGCCUUGCGAUCUACUGAUUCUUUUAAUAAAGCAAAGCAAGACCAAAAAAGAAAGCAGAUCAUUCCCAUCACCAAGAUUCACUUUGUUGUUUAUUCCCUUAUUCCCCCUACUUUUAUUCACAUAUAUAUAAGUUGCCUCUCUUGCUAUGUCUUUCAUCCAUUGUUAUUCGUUUGUGCCGUUUUCCAGUGUACACAUUCCUAACUGUAUCAUCAAUAUAAUAUAUCAUAUAUAUCCUUUUUUCUCUUUGUUGCUUGUCCCUCCAUUUGCUUAGCCACUCCAUCAAUCACCAUGAACAUGGAGACAGUUGAAUUGAAGGUAGAGAUGGUAGGAAUACAUGAGAAAAGACUGCGCAAAUGCCUGUCAAAAUUAAAAGGAAUAGAGAAAGUGGAAGUGGACGGGAACAGUCAAAAAGUGGUGGUGACAGGGUAUGCACACAGGAACAGAAUACUAAAAGCAAUAAGGAGGGCUGGUCUAAAAGCAGAAUUCUGGUCUGCUCAAAAUGAGCUCCUUCAAGCUUACGCUGCAUCUGCUUCUCACUCUUCUUUCAGAUUUAACAACUUCUCCUUCUUCUAGCUUUACACACUUGAAUACUACUGUUUAAUUUGUUCUUCUUGAAUACCAUUUUUUUUUUUUUGUUCCUUUCCUGCUUUUAGGAAGCUGUAUACAAAGAAUGAAAUGGAAGAGUUUUGGAUUUAGUUUGAUACAUAGUGUUUGUUACAUUAAGUCCAACUUUAUGAGCGAUGAUAGAUUCGUUUUCGAGUAAUUUAUGUAACAGUUGAAGUUAUAUAUACUAUCAACUUAAUGGUUAUUCGGUUGCUUUUUAUUGCAAUCAUAUUUAAAUCAACCGGUGUCCGGAAGCAUUGUUUGUCGAGAUUAAUUUGGAUUCACAUUGUAAAAAGCACAGUAUGGAAUUUUACCAUUCAUCAAAAGAAACUCUAUUUCUAGAGUUCAAACUCAAAAUCUCUGAGUUACGAUGAAGGAUAGCUAACUAUUCUACCACAUCUCUUGGCGGUAAAUGAAAGAUGCAACGCAAGAACUUUUCAAAGGUAACUAAUCCUAGCAGUACUCUUGUAUCAUCACACUUAAUUUCAAAAUUUUGAUGAGAUCCAAAGCAUUUUAAAGUGAAUUGCAACAUGAGGGAUAAAUAAUUUUUUUCAAAAAGAUCUCGAAAGUAUGAUAUGUAUAUCAAGAAGGUUAUCAAGGUUUAUAUUAUUUUAGUAGUAGCCUAGUAGUAAUAUACAAUUACUCCCUCUGUCCCAAUUUGUUAACACUUUUUGCUUUUCGAGAAUCAAAAUUUUUAAUUUUAAUUGUGUGUUUGAAUAUAAAUUCUCUAAAAUUUUCAUAUUUGAAAACUACGUAAAAAGUAGUACAAGUCACCAUAAUUAAUAACUUAAAAAAUUUAAAAGACAUAUGAAAAAAUUACGAUCAAAGAACAAUUUAUUGAACUCUCAAAAAUCGAAAAGUGCUAAAUAAAUUGGGACGGAGGGAGAAGUAAUGAAAAUACCCCACGUAAAAGCUGUGAAUUCCACCAUUACUCGAUUUCUCCAUUCUCAUACGUAACUAAAAAAAAAGUUAGAAAUAAAAGAAGAGUAUGCCAAGACGAAAUAGCAAUUGGUGGGAUUCAAUGUGACACAAAUAUACUACGUGCUAGCAGUACAUGGAGCCAAGUCUCUCCCUCAAUAUAUAAAAUGAUUAAUAAUUUGUCACGCAAGUAACAUAUCUUCAAAACUUAUUGUAAAGAAUUUUAUAUUAAUUCUAGAUUAUCAAUUUAAUAGCAUAAUAAUAUAACAUGUAAUAUGGGGGAGAUUGAGAUUAGUAAAACUAACAACGAUUGAGAGUCGGAGCAAAA